GUGGCAACACUGGAUGGCCAGGCAGCUGAUUUUGCAGCUGAUUAUUGCCGAAUUUUCACAACAUUGCGCGAUACCUCGAACAUUUUGAUAUUUUUACUCGAUUUACGUAAUCCGGAGGCGAAGAUCACCUGUGAUUCACCCACGCGAGAGCUGCAAACCAGUAUUGCCUCGCUAGCGAUGUCGCGAUCCGCUCAAGAAGUUGCGGCGCUGCUGCGGGGACUGCGGAUUUUGGUGGAGGCGUGUGGGCGCGAGCAUCUCGCCCACGGUCGUCAUCUGUGGAGCAAUUCGAGCAUUCGUGAGCUAAUCGCCGAGAAUGCCGAACAGACAGCACAGCUGGUGAGAAAUUCCAGCAAAAAUCCAACGGAGGAGCUGAAAAAACUGCAGCAAUCCCUCCAAGAAACCGGCGAACGAGGCUACGUGGUGGCCAAAGGAAUUUGCUCGCUGCUGGAGACCAAAAUCAAGAUGUCACGCGCGGAAUCAAGCGAGUCGGAACCCCCUUCAGCUUACCCCUCUCCACCGAGAAAACCCACAACGCCCACUGGCCAAAACAUCACCAAUUGGGAUGCCGCCAAUUUGGAUAUAUCCUCCAUAACGCUCAAGGAGUUCGAGGAGAUACUCUCGAAACGCAACAAAGAUCGGAGCGUUAGCCUGCGCACUCCGGCCACCAAGAGCAGUCAAACGGUGCCGCCGAAAACAAAGGGAAAACCCGAUCAACCCGAUCCGGGGAUCAUUGGCCAGGACACCGAGUAUGUCAACAAUGUUCUCCGCUUUGUGGCGGGUGCCAAGACGCCGGAGGAACCCGACACGCAGAUCAAGAAGCCUCCGCAGCAGGGCAUCGAUGUCCCGGAACUGAGCAAAGUGGCCAAACAGCGAAAGGUUCCCUCCUCGCGAAUCGGCAGGAUGGCCUCCUUUGGCGGUUUGUUCGCGGGACUGGGCAUCGGAACCAUCAACGAGCUGACCAAGGGAGCUCUGGGCCUGGGCGGUUCGACCAGCAUGCGGGAGGCCCUUCUGAGUCCCGCCAACGCCGAACGAAUCGUCGACACGUUGUGCAAAGUGCGUGGAGCUGCUUUAAAGAUCGGACAAAUCCUGAGCAUCCAAGAUUCCAGCGUGGUAUCGCCGCAGUUGGCCAAGGCUUUCGAGAGAGUGCGCCAGGCGGCGGACUACAUGCCCGACUGGCAGGUGGAACGGGUGAUGAACACCCAAUUGGGCGCCGACUGGCGAAAGCGACUCAGCCGCUUCGAUGACAAACCUUUUGCGGCCGCUUCCAUUGGCCAGGUGCACCGCGCCACGCUGGCCGAUGGCAUGGACGUGGCCAUCAAGAUCCAGUAUCCCGGCGUUGCCCAGAGCAUCGAGAGCGAUAUCGAUAACCUGGUUGGCAUGCUCAAGGUGUGGGACGUCUUUCCGCAGGGCUUCUUCAUCGACAAUGUGGUGCGCGUGGCCAAGAGGGAGCUGCAGUGGGAGGUGGACUACGAUCGCGAGGCGGAGUACACGGAGAAGUUCCGCGAGAUGAUCGCACCCUAUCCGGAGUACUAUGUGCCGCGCGUGGUGCGCGAUCUGACCACCUCGAGUGUCCUGACCACCGAAUUUGUGCCAGGAGUUCCGCUCGAUAAGUGCUUCGAUUUGAGCUACGAGCAUCGUGCCCACAUUGCCGCCUCCGUGCUGAAGCUCUGUCUGCGCGAGCUCUUCGAGAUCGAGUGCAUGCAAACGGAUCCGAAUUGGUCGAACUUCCUGUACGAUGCGCCCAGUCGUCGCCUGAUGCUCAUUGACUUUGGAUCGACGCGCUUCUAUCGGCACGAGUUCAUCCGGAACUAUCGCCAGGUGAUCAUGAGUGCGGCGGACAACAAUCGCCAGGGCGUCCUGGAGAUGUCCCGCGAAAUGGGUUUCCUCACCGGCUACGAAACGAAGCAAAUGGAGCAGGCGCAUGUGGAUGCGGUGAUGAUACUCGGCGAGAUCUUCCGCUACGACGGCGACUUCGACUUCGGCAAGCAGAACACCACGGAGCGGUUGGCUGCUCUGGUGCCCACAAUGGUGGCGCAUCGACUGUGUCCGCCGCCCGAGGAGAUCUACUCCAUCCAUCGGAAGCUGUCGGGAAUAUUCCUCCUGUGCGCCAGACUGAAUGUGCGCAUGAACUGCGUUCCCUUCUACAAGGACAUCGUCCUGGGCAAGUUCAAGGACUAGUGGGAGCCAGGCUCUCCACACUUCACCUUUCACCUUUUUUUUCUUAACACUUAAGUGCGCUUAAUUUGUAAAUGCGGCUGGCGAAACGAUUACAGAUUUUGUUGUAACAACUAACCCUGUAUUCUUAAACUAAAUAACUUUCUGGAAGGGAUAUCACAAGUAGCUGAAUGGGAUAAUAAAUGUUUUGAAAAAACA